CGAUCUGGCAUGCUUCUCUUCGCUUCGCCCAGCUGUAUAUUCUUUCCUCAGCCUCAAUUGAGGGGCGAUUGGCCCGUUAUCAUACAUCUUUUCAGUUGAGUAUCUCGAUGUGACAUCCGCCAUGGCGGCCACCGAAUCCUCUCCUUUGCUCCCUCAGUAUCAGCGAUCCAGCAGCUCAAAUACGUCACCGCGUGCCGACCGCCCUGCCAGGACGGUAACAUUCAAUCCUCUCACCACAAUCAGCACAUAUGGAGGAGCAUCAUCGCCUGCGGAUCCUACUGUGAGGCCUCUGCAGACUGGCUCUCCCCCGGUUCGCAAUGUUCCUUCCAGUCAGCCGAUGCUGUCAACGUUGAACAGCAAGCUUCGUCGUCGAAAUAGCCAUGGAGCUCCCUACAAUACUCUGACUCCUACAGCGCCAGCAUCCAAGAUCGGCCCUCAGAGAACGACCAAAAAUGCUCAGAAGCUAAAGUUGCUCCCGGACCCGGUCAGGGAAGGUGAAGAUCAAAUCGACGAAGACAUACCGCGAGACGUCUAUACGCAAAUCACUCGAAUCAAAGAACCAGCUGCCAGAAGCCACGCUGCGCGACUAGGCAAGGCAGAUAGGGAAAGAUUGCCCCGUGUGACGGCAUAUUGUACAGCGAGUGCCUACCGUUUGGAGGGUGUCAUCAGGUUUCUCAAGUCCAGAGCAAAGGCAAGAGGGUCCAACCCCAAGCUUUUCGACGAAUGCGUUUAUUCGCCCUAUGACUAUGACUACGAGAAGAAGCAGAGUCAAACGCAGUCGCAAGGAGAUCCACAGGGAGAGGUUGUGCGGCAGAAUGAGCGGAGAUAUUCGGACAGUGCGGUUGAGGUUGAGGGUAAUACCAGGAGCAGACGAGAAGAUCUGAUUGAUCUCCGCGAGGAGGCUGCAGAACAGGCGGUCAAUGGGAGUCGCUCUGAAGAAGCCAUAUCGCGGGAGACGGCAUCGGAUCUAGACACCACGAUCCACACUCCAGAAGUCUUUCUCUUCGAUUACGGUACGGUUGUGAUCUGGGGUAUGACACCGGCCCAGGAAUCGCGGUUUUUAACAGACGUGUCAAAAUUUGCCAAUUCGAUCUUGAGCCCGGAAGAUACGCAAGUCGAGAAUUUCAACUUCUACUAUGCCCGCGAUUACCAAGCGCGGAUAUACAAUGACUUCAUCUCGUUACGUGAACCGCGCAAUUACAUGAUCAAGUUGGCUAUCUCUCAUGCCCUAUCUCAGUCUGUGAAGACGUCGCUUUUCGAGGACUUGGUAUCAGAAACAAUUUCAACCACCGCGCCAUUGCCUGCUCAGAUCGCUGAGACAGGUAGCGUCAACUUGACCCGGCGACAGAUCAAUAUGCAGAUUGGAGAGCUGUUCAUCCUGCGCAUCAAUAUCCAUCUGCAAGGCUCCGUACUCGACAGCCCUGAGCUCAUGUGGGCAGAACCACAGCUAGAGCCAGUGUAUCAAGCGGUCCGGAGUUACCUAGAAAUGGACCAGAGAGUGAGUCUGUUGACGGAACGGUUGGACGUCAUUGCGGAUCUACUAGCGGUGCUGAAAGAUCAGCUGAGCCACCGACAUGGAGAGUAUCUCGAGUGGAUAGUUAUCGUCUUGAUUGCUGCAGAAAUCCUUGUCGCAGCGAUCAACAUUGUUGUGGAUCUGUAUGCUGGGGUCGACUAAGUAAAUUAGGCCUUCAACCUGUGCACAUCAUUAUGACCAU